CAUUUAUUUUUUUUCUUUAGGUUCUUCCUUAGUAAGCCAGGUGGGUAUCAUGAGUUCAAUUGGAACAGGGUAUGAUCUAUCAGCCUCCCAAUUCUCUCCUGAUGGAAGGGUGUUUCAAGUUGAGUAUGCCCAGAAGGCAGUGGAGAACAGCGGAACGGCAGUAGGCCUCAGGGGAAAGGAUGGGGUUGCCUUUGCAGUUGAAAAGCUUGUCACCUCCAAACUUUAUGAACCUGGAGCCAACAAGAGAAUUUUUCAUGUGGGCAGCCAUGUGGGCAUGGCAGUGGCAGGUUUGUUGGCAGAUGCUAGGCAGGUAGUUGAAAUUGCUCGCACUGAAGCUGCCAAUUACCGAUCAGACUAUGGCAAUGACAUCCCUGUGAAGCAUCUGACCAAUCGAGUGGCAAUGUACAUGCAUGCAUACACAUUGUACAGUGCUGUGAGACCAUUUGGAUGCAGCGCCAUGCUUGGCUCCUAUGAUCCUCACUCGGGACCUCAGCUCUUCAUGAUUGAUCCUUCAGGAGUCAAUUAUCUCAGUUGGGUUGGGGAAGCAACGAAUGGGAAGCAUGAGAUGGUUCCUGAACCAAUGUUCAGGGAGGCAGAGAUGUAUGCCAAGAAUGCACUGAGAGAGUCUGACUCUGAAGGGGAGAUGUAGCAGCCAAGAUAAUGUAUCUCUUUGUGCACUCUUUGUACACUCUGUGAUCUUACUCUCCAAAAUAAAGGCUGUUUUUUCAAUCUU